CAUACUUGUUGUUUGGUAAUAAAACCAGAGGAGGGUAUACUACUACUUUAGAAUUGUGUAACGUUAAAGAAAAAAAAAAAAAAGUGUAAAAAUCUUAUGUUUAAAAAGAGAGACGUUACGUAAAUGGUGUGUACUUUAACGAGAGGAGGCAAAGCUGCAUGCAACAGCUCGAAAUUCUGUAUUGACUUUUUUUUUUCCCAGUAUUAGAGGUGCAAUACUUGCUAGAAAAAUUCACGGUGCUCUCCCUCCUCCGCUCGGCUCCUUCCAAACAGCUUGCUGGCUCACCCAAAAAAAGAGCAAGAAGCAGCCCAAAUCCUUUCUAAAGGUGGCAUUUUCCUACUUCACCACCACGCUCCAAAGCAGUUUUAGCUGUGAAUGCUUCAGCCAAAGCUUUUGGUGAAAGCUGCGGCCCUGUUUGCAUUGGCACCCGCCCAAAAGUGAGUGUGUCCACAAAGCUGCACCCCAGGCCUUGGAGCCCCCGCUGUACUCUGUAAGUUCUCCCUCCAGAGAGUUGUUAAAUUCAGUAGUGACCUGAAUGUAUGGCUUUAUUUUGAGGGUUUCAGGGGCGAUGUCAGCUGAACUGUGUGUAGGUCUCGCGUGUGGUUUGUCUCCUUUUGCACUGUUAAAUGUCAGGGACCCGCGGGCCCGCGCUGCCGCAGGCUGAGGGUGCACCUUGGUGGACACACCGAGGGGAGGGAGUUGACCACUGAAACACCCCCAAAUUGCUCUUCAAAACAACACCACCAAAAAUACAACCCAUUUUGAUUACAAACAACCCCCGUUUCUCAGCCAAGUAUUGCACUGAUGAUACCCGAGUAACAACGGCAGGGCACCGACAGCAAAGCGGUGCCUCAAACCACACCAAGGUUGCUUUAUAUGUAAAGAAAAUUUGAGCGAGCUGCCCUGAAGAAAGGCCUAGUGCCGAGAUGAGAGAGAGACAGAGAGAUGUUUGGAGAUGUUUAGCCAGUGCCCUUCUCCCCUGUGAGCCGCAGAGGCUCAGAGCGGUGCUGGCUUUGUAAAGGGAAAGGCCUUCAUUUCUUCGUUUAUCCCCCCAGCAGCGCUGGAGAGCGAGGUGGCUUCAAUAAGCCUGGUGGACACAUGGAGGAAGGACCCGAGCUGGAUUUAGGCCCCCCUAUGGACCCGGAGGAGGACUCGGACAGCACUGCAGUCUAUGUGCAGGGACUCAAUGAUAAUGUGACCCUGGAGGAUCUGGCAGAUUUCUUCAAACAGUGCGGUGUUGUCAAGAUGAACAAGAGGACGGGGCAGCCCAUGAUAAACCUGUACAUCGACAAGGAAACAGGCAAGCCCAAGGGCGAUGCCACCGUGUCCUACGAUGACCCGUCCACUGCCAAAACUGCCGUGGAAUGGUUCGAUGGGAAGGAUUUCCAGGGCAGCAAGCUGAAGGUGUCCCUGGCGCGGAAGAAGGGCCCGAUGAACAGCCUGAGGGGCGGGAUGCCCCCGCGGGAGCAGCGG